AUUCAAAACCCUAAUAGUAAAAUACAAUUGUCACACACAAAAAAAAAUAAAAAAAAAAAAAACCCUCUCCUUUUGAUCUGAAAUUCAAUAAUGAACUCCUCCACUGACCACCACUUCCUUCCCUUUAACGAAAACGACUCCGAAGAGAUGCUUCUUUUCGGAGUCAUCUCCGACGCCAAACCACUGUUCCACAUUAAACAUGAACAGUGUUUGGAGCUGGAGAACAAAGAGUGCAGCUACAGAGGCGUUAGGAGGCGUCCGUGGGGGAAGUACGCAGCCGAGAUACGCGACUCAACGCGUAACGGGGUAAGGGUAUGGCUGGGAACGUUUGACACCGCGGAUGAGGCGGCCCUGGCGUACGACCAGGCUGCCUUUGCUGUCCGCGGUUCGCAAGCGACGCUUAACUUCUCGGCGGAGAUAGCGUAUGAGUCUUUAGUGAAGAUGGGUUAUAAGUAUGAGGAAGGGAGUUCGCCGAUUUUGGCGCUAAAGAGGAGACAUGCCAUGAAGAGGAAAUUGAUGAAGAAGAAGAAGCUAGAGAAGAAGGUGAAGGUGAAGGUGGAAAACGUUGUCGUUUUGGAGGAUUUAGGUGGGGAUUACUUGGAAGAGCUAUUAGGGUUAUCUGAGAGUAGUGGUUCUAGCUGGUAGCAUUUAAAGCAUGCAAUGUUUUAUAAGAUUCUGAAUAUAUCAUGGUUAGAUUCUUAAUUUUGUCUACACAAUGUACACAAGAAUAUAAAGUGAUCGUUGCAAAAACGUACAGGUUUAGUUUUGUAAUAGGUAAUAUACACAACUAAUUGAUGAAAAACACACGUACUUUUGUAAUACAUGAAUAAGUGAUGUUUAUUAUUUUCUUUA